UUCCCAGUCGAAGCCCCCACCACCCAUUCAAACAAUUUCUCUCACUUUCGCUCUGGAACUACCAUCAUCGACUCCAAUGAACAUGGCUCCAAUCCAAUUCGACAUACGUGCCGCUGUAAACGCCGCAAAUAUCUUCUUCGUCAAUCCUGAUCUUCUUCUCCCUCGCCGCCGCUUGCCUCUUUCUUCUCGACCGUUCCCUUCUUCCUACGGGGCGGCUGCUUCACGAGCGCCGUCGUCUUCGUCGUCGCUGUUCAGGUUGAGAGCUUUCUCCACUGGACCGUCGGAGUCAGCGAUUAAACUCCCCCAGAAGCCUCCCAUUUGCAGUGCCGACGAGCUUCACUAUGUCACCAUUCCCAAUUCCGAUUGGCGCCUUGCUCUCUGGCGCUACCACCCUUCUCCUCAGGCCCCUCCAAGGAAUCAUCCACUGUUGCUAUUGUCUGGAGUCGGGACUAAUGCCAUUGGUUAUGACCUCUCUCCUGGGUCAUCAUUUGCAAGGUACAUGUCUGGCCAGGGCUAUGACACCUGGAUUCUUGAAGUUCGAGGUGCUGGGCUGAGUGUACGGGAAUCAGAUGCCAAAAAUAUUGGGGAGUCUGCAUAUGCAGCUUCUGAGCAGAUGGAAUCUGCUGCUAAGGGUGUCACUACUGGACCUCUGUCUACGAAUCAGGCAACUGCAAAAGAUGGUAGGCAGUCUGCUUCCGAGCAGAUGGAAUCUGUUGCUAAGAGUGUAACUAACGGAGAUCCAUCUCCAAGUCAAGAAACUGCAAGUGCUUCCCAAAGCACAUCACCAAGUUCUGAGCUUUCAUCGGUUCCUGAGGACCCAACUGGACUAUCAACUGCUUGGGAUGAAUCUAAGUUGGUGUCCAAGUUGACAGAUACUUUCAUGACCUUGUCAGACAGUCUCUCUGGCUUUCUUAGCGAAGGUCAAUCCAUGAUAAUGUCAGCUAAAUUAUUUGACCAGAUAUCAAUACUUUUAGAAGAUACCCAGUUAUCUGAGCGCCUAAAUGAGUUGCGGGAAAAGCUUUUGAGCUUGUUGGAGACGAGGCAAAAUUCUGGUGUUGCCAGUCAGAUCAGGGAGCUAAGCCAGACACUUGUAAAUAUUGCUGAGGAAGGUCAAAAGUCUGUCUCGCCUCAGUUGUCUGAUUUGCAUGAUCGUCUUACAUCAACUGUAGAAGAUUUUCAGAAACAACUUGACCUUAUUGUUAAGUAUGAUUGGGACUUCGACCAUUACCUUGAGGAGGAUGUUCCUACUGCGAUGCAAUAUAUAAAGGCAGAAUGCAAACCAAAGGAUGGGAAGUUGCUUGCAAUUGGACAUUCCAUGGGAGGCAUCCUGCUGUAUGCAAGAACGUCAAGAUGUGGUUUUGAAGGAAACGACUCUGGCUUUGCUGCUAUUGUUACUCUGGCAUCGUCAGUUGACUACACUACCUCGAAUUCAAGGCUCAAGUUACUUAUACCACUGGCCGAUCCUGCUCAGGCUCUUAAUGUACCUGUUGUUCCUUUGGGGGCAAUGUUGGCAGCGACAUUUCCUCUUUCAUCUCGUCCUCCUUAUGUGCUAUCUUGGCUCAACCAUCUUAUAUCAGCACAAGAUAUGAUGCACCCAGAACUGCUAGAAAAGCUUGUUUUGAACAACUUUUGUACCAUACCAGCCAAACUUCUUCUGCAGCUUACAACAGCUUUUCGAGAGGGUGGGUUGCGUGACAGGAAUGGGGGGUUUCUCUACAAGGACCAUUUACAUAAGUGCAAUAUCCCAGUCUUGGCCUUGGCAGGUGAUCAAGAUCUAAUUUGUCCACCGGAAGCUGUAGAAGAAACCGUCAAAGUUCUCCCCAAACAUUUGGCGACCUACAAAGUCUUUGGAGAAUCAGGAGGUCCUCACUAUGCGCAUUACGACUUGGUUGGAGGACAACUGGCAGUGGAGCAAGUUUACCCUGCAAUAGCUGAGUUUCUAAGCCAGCAUGAUUCAGUGUGAUUCUCAACAAGUGCCUGGAACUUGUCAAGCACAUUGAAUUUGGCUUUUGUUGAAGGAUUAAAAGGAAACACAGGACGUUAGGGAGGCGGAGGUGUUGGGGAUAAAUCAGAUGAGGACUGGAAGAAACGGAGAACUAACACGAGUCGCCACACUCAUCAACAAGGCGAAGGCCGUAGCCCGAUUCAAUGAUGUUCAUGGUGAUGCAUCUGGUUCAAGUAGACUACAUCCGAUCUUGUUGCCUGAAAACUGUUACUGUUAUCGCAUGAGACAUCACUACUGCUUUGUACAAAUCCUGAUUACAUUCAACUCUGUUUGGAAAACAUUGUAAAUAUUACGUCAGAGCUGCUGAAAUUUCAGUCCUGUGUCAGACUGUUGGUUUGGUAGCUAGGUUCACCACCUCCUUUUUAUCAUUUCCUAAAAUUGGCAUUAUGGAGUUCUGUUGUGCAAUUGGAUGUAAAUGGAUGGAUUAUUUGAGAGGCUGUUGGAUGGAUAAUAAUUUGGAGUAACUGAU